AUGACUGAAUUAUUCGAUCUACCGACUGAGUUGCUGUUUCAGAUAAUACACCUUGUACUGUCUUCACGACAUUCCGUCUCACCGAAUGGUCUUCGUUGCAGAACAGAGUGGAAGGGCACCCGCCGCAACGUCACCUGCUGUCCCAGCCGAGAAACCUUGUGGACCCCCAGCGCUCUCAACUUACUCCUCGUAAGCCAAAGACUGUACGCAGAGACGAUGCUGUAUCUGUCGAAAAAACCACAGAGCUUCAAGUUCGACGUGGCGGUCGUGAACAACCACUGGAUCUGGCCGACUUGGCGCUCAACACCCAUAAGGAGUAGAAGCCACAUCCUCGACAGAGUUGACAUCGAGCUCAUUCUAUCCUGUUCUCAAGAUGAGCGAAAUUUGCAGACGCAGUGGAUGCUACAACCUGAGGAUGCCUGUGCCGACACCGAGCUAGUACUACUACUCUGCCAAUUCAUCCUGCUCGAGGGACCUCUCGUCACCCACAUCAACACUCUCAGGAUCAACAUUGACACCACUAGAUAUGGUAACGGGAAUGAAUUGAUCAGCCUGGAGGAAGUCCCGCUCCGAAGAAUAAAUGGUCUAGCGCAUCUUGAUUUCGAUAAACUCUAUCCGAUAGACUAUCACGUCUCGUUUGCCUUUCUUCGUCGGCUUUACACGCGAACGGGAGCCAUGCUGGAGGCCUUGCAAAAUAACCCUGAUAUUGAGCUACCUUCCCAGCGCAUUGGCAAGGUGUUGUUCUGUAUUGAUGGAAAGGUUUUGAUGCAGAUCGACGUCGCGAAACAUGUGGCUGGUUGA